ACGGUGGCGACGAACGCUUUACUAGAACGAAAAGGAGAAAGAAUUGCAUUGCUUAUAACAAAGGGAUUCAAAGAUCUCCUCUUCAUUGGCAACCAAACUCGUCCGAAAAUAUUUGACUUCGACAUCAAGAUCCCAGAGGUCUAUACGCUACGAACAUUAGAAGUCAACGAGCGAGUCAUCCCGUUUGAUGAAAGCUGUAGAAUUAAAGAUCUUGGGGAGGUGAAAGAAACAAGCCUUGGGAAGAAGGUGAUUGUGGAGAAAGAACCAGAUACAGAAGAGGUGACCAGGAGUCUAGAGAAGGUGGCCUCAAAAGGGAUCAAAAGCAUUGCAGUUGUUUUUCUUCAUUCCUUUAUUUACCCACCACAUGAACUUCUUGCGAAGCAAAUAGCUGAGAAAUUGGGUUUCACAAGCAUUUCUCUCUCGCACGAGGUGAUGCCAAUGAUCAAAAUUGUACCUCGCGGAUUCACUGUAUGUGCGGAUGCCUACCUCACUCCAAAAAUCAAAGAAUACAUUGCUGGAUUUGAGUCCGGCUUUUCCGACGGUCUCAAAAGUGUAAGAGUGGAUUUUAUGCAGUCCGAUGGAGGGCUUUGCAAUGUCAACAGAUUCGUCUAA